GAGACGCUCUAACUGCCUCAGAGUCUGGUGGUGCCCACUUGCCACACGUUUCCAAUAGGAAUACCAUUUUUGAAUCGCAUUUUGUUCCUGAGAGGAUUUACUUUCAUCUGACAGCAUGUCAGAAAACGGAGGAAAAAGGAAAGGAAAGAAGAAGGGGGCAAAGAAGGGACAGAGGGACAAGGAUGGUGAUCCCACAGCAGCUGCUCCACCAAAAUUAAAACGAAUGAGGAAUCCAUCAAUAGUGGACGAGGGGAGCAAGCUCACAGUAAAAUGUGAGGCUACAGGGAACCCUCCCCCCACCUACAGAUGGUUCAAAGACGGCAACGAGCUCAAGAAAAGCAAAAAUGUCAGAAUAAAGAACAGCCAGAAAAACUCCCGAGUCCAGAUCAGCAAAGCCAAACUGGAGGAUUCUGGGAAUUACACAUGCGUGGUGGAGAAUUCGCUGGGGAAGGACAACUCCACUGGCACUGUUAACGUCCAAAGCAUAACCACAACGCAAUCUCCCGGCUCAGGCCAUGCCAGAAGAUGCAAUGACACAGAGAAGACCUUCUGUGUGAAUGGCGGUGACUGUUACUUCAUACAUGGUAUAAAUCAGCUGUCCUGCAAGUGUCCAAAUGACUUUACUGGUGAUCGCUGUCAAACCUACGUUAUGGCCAGUUUCUACCAGCAUCUUGGGAUUGAAUUUAUGGAGGCAGAGGAGCUCUACCAGAAAAGAGUCCUGACAAUCACGGGUAUCUGUGUGGCUCUGUUGGUGGUGGGCAUUGUGUGUGUGGUCGCCUACUGUAAAACCAAGAAACAAAGAAAGAAGAUGCACAAUCAUUUGCGACAAAAUAUGUGUCCAGAACAUCCCAAUCGUAACUUAGCAAACGGACCCAAUCACCCAGGACCUGGCCCAGAGGAGAUCCCCAUGGUCGAUUACAUAUCAAAGAAUGUCCCAGCGACCGAGCGAGUCAUAAGACCAGUAACAGAGGGCUCGUUUCCCGCCAGCCAUACCUCUUCCAGAUCUCACAACUCUUCCACACGAGCCCAUUCGUCAACUCAGAGACACGAGGAGCGGACAUGGAGCCUGGAGCACUCUGACAGUAUCCUCUCUGAUUCUCCGGGAAUGAUGUCAUCGUCAGUGGGGACCAGUAAAUGCAGCAGCCCAGCGUGUAUGGAGGCCCGGGCCCGCCGCGCUGCGCACUGUGGUUAUUCGGACCCCCACCGGCCCCCGCUGCAGUAUGGACACUCCUUUGACUCGCUCGGGGACUCGCCGCACAGUGACAGAUACGUGUCGGCGCUGACCACACCGGCACGCUUGUCUCCGGUGGACUUCCAUUACUCAUUGCCCCCACAGGUGCCUACUUUCCAAAUCACAUCUCCCAAUGCCAGCCAUGCCAUGUCCCUGCCCCCAGCGGUCCACAACCCAUACCCCCCCGAGGAUGACCAGCCGCUGCUGCGCCGCUACCAGGUUCCCCUCCACGACGCACAGAGCCAGGAGCCCUACCGGCAGCAGCGUCGCACCUAUCUGAACAACAGCCGGGGCAGCCUGCCCUCCAGCCCAUACCGGCUGGCAGAGGAUGAAGACUACGAGACCACCCAGGAGUACUUGUCCUCCAGGGAGCAACCAAAGAGAAGUGGGUCUAGUGGGUCCGGGGGGCGCCGCUGGCGCAGAUCCAGACUGAAUGGCCACGUGGCCCCGCGUGGAUACGAGGCAUCCCGGGACUUGGGCUCACGGAGCUGCCUAACAGAUAGUGAGUCAGAGGAGGAUGGGGAGAACACGCCCUUCCUCAGUAUGCAGAACAUGAACGCAGAGCCCUCCACCAUCUACAGACCGGCCCCUGAUACACGGACUUCACACAGUGGGAACUCGCAUACAAGACUGUCACACGCACGCUCCAGACAGGACAAUACUCCCCAUUAGAGAGAGAAAUGAACCAACAAAUCAAUAUAGUAUAGACCUGCAUCUAUAAGAAAUAUUUUUAUUUUAUAUAACUGACAGAUAUUCUAAACAAAUAAAAUAUUUAUUUUCAUUUUAGCAAAAGUUGUCUACUAGUAAACAGCAAAGACUUUUUUAUAGGGAAAACUCUAUUUAUAUGUACAUUUUGAUUUACAGCAUAAAAAGAUGUGCCAGUUUUUUCACAAUGUUAAAAAAUAGAGUAAUAUUGUGGUGCCUUUUGCUGUAUGCGAUGCCAGAGGGCCAGUGGAGGUUUUGUAGCCUUUCUUAUAUGGACGCCUCAUUUUUUAUACACAUACAUGUUUGUUUUCCUCUGGUUGAUUUACCUUUUUUCCAAAUGCAUUCUUUGAGGAGUCUAACCCCACUGGAACAGAGCCCCUUCAUUAUCACGCAAUAUAAACCACUACAACAUAAAGUGUAUGUUUACAUGACUGUGACUCGCCUGUAGGGAUUGGAUUUGGGAUCUCUCCGGUAACCGCAGAUCGUAGAUUCUUGGAUACUGUUUGAAGAGUUUACUAAAAGUGUGAGAGUGAGUGUGCGCAUGUUGGCUGGCUUGCAUGUAUUUAUGAUUGUUAGAUUAAUUCUCUUGUUUGUUGUGGAAACAUCAAAUGUAUGGGUGGCUGGGAUCGCCAUCAGGUUGACGGUCACCUGCCCCAAGUGACCCCGGUGUGGUUGAGGUCCAGAGAGAGUGCAGCCAACAUACCAAACUUAGCACAGUUGUAUGUCGCUGAUUGCUUGGUUUGUCCACUGCCUUUCUUUAGACUUUCUUCCCCACUUUUCCCCCAGCAGGCCGCCUCUCCUCGCCUGUUCGUGUGUUGUGAGGUCAACACACACUGUGCUGCUUGGCCUGGGUUGACCCCUGCCAGUGGAGAGGGCAGCAAAACAAAACAAAAAACUGCUUUUUUUAGUCUUCUUCUCAUGCAGCACUCCUCAUGUCCAUUGUGCUUCUUGUGGCUGAGUGAUCGGCCACACAGUGUCUCAGGAUUUACACAUGCCCCUCCUAAUCUCCCUUCUUCACCCUCUUCCUUAACUUCCCACAAGGUCUACCUAAGACUAAAAGGCUCUCUUGUCGAGGCCUAAACAUACAGUCUACCAGUUUUCCCCAUAUAUAGAGAGAGAAGGUGAAUUGGAUCGCGCUAGACAAUAUCGGUGAAAUAGCUGUGAAACUACGAAAGAUCAUACAAUGCAAAAAUAUGCAAACUUUCUAUUUUGCUCUUUGAUUACAUCAUUUUCUAAGAGGUGACUGUAGUGUGUUGUGUGUCUGUGAUUCCUAUCGUGUAGAAGAGAUACCAUAAUAUAAUGCAUAUUUACAUGAGUUAUUUUAAAGCCAUUAUCCAUCUAUCCGUGGUCCGCCUUUUACUUGUUUAAAUACUCACAUUCAUUGAAUGAUUGACUUAUGUUAUCACUGAAUUAUAUCACUUAAAAUGCACACUUUGAAUAAUGUCAACUAGCAUCCAAAUAGUCUUUCGUGUACCACUUUGUCUUGAUGACAGAAACUAGUCAGUAAAUAGUUUUAACAGUCCAAAUGCCUACAAACCAGCUUAAAUCACCAUUAAGUUAAAUGCUGAAUUAUCCAAAUAAUGUUGACCUCAAAUAUUGAUCUGCAGACAGGUUAACUAUGAGGCUCACACAUCAUAAACAUCGGGUCAGGUCUUGUUUGUGUGAAAAAUACUAAAGAAAAGAAUGUCUUUACAUGAUUGUCCAGCAGUCGAGAUGCCACAAGAUGAGCCUGCCACUUCUCUGUUCAUCUGACGACCCUUGCCCUUUGACCCCACAACCCCCCGCUUGAAACGUUUGAACACCUCUCCUCUGCAUGUCCUUGUGGUCCAGGUUAGAUGGGUGCAUGGUAAAAAGCAGCAGACAAUUCUUUUCCAGUGAAAGUGUAUUUCAUUUCACAUUCAGCAAUAAAAAAAGAGUCUCUUUCCCAUGUCGUCCCUGAACUAUCCUAGAAAAAAGAACAAUGCGAUUGUCAUAGAUUGUAAAAUAAAAUGGAAAAUGAUCCACCUGUUCAUAUGAGAAAAUAAAUCUUUAUUCAUAUCAUUUUACAA